AUGUCGGUUCCACCCAUGGAUUACACUUACAGUGUUCCUCCGCCCAGGUUGGACAUGCCGCCGCCGCUUUCAGUGUCAACCUCGAUCCCACCACCACAGAUGUUUAAUGUUCCACCGCCGUAUAGUCUCUCGGCGCUGCCAUCGACCGAUCUGCCGCCGCCUUAUAUCCCCAUGGCAACCUUACCUCCAUUGAAUGUGCCCCCACCUGCUAUCUUUCCCGUCGACUUUCAUGCACUUCCACCGCCACCACCAGCUUAUCCUCCAUCUACAGACGUAGGAAACUAUUCCGGGAUGAAUUAUAGUCCUAAUCUAUUACAAAAUGAUGAAAAUUAUACAAGAGCUUUUACUGUUCCACCACCAAAACCUCAAAAAGAGGACAGGCCUUAUCAAUCUGGGUCUCUAAAAUCAUCAAGGUCAGUGUAUUCUCCUAACAGAGCUAGGAGCUAUGAUAGAGAAAGGUCUCGUAGAAGUAAUAGUUCCUGUGACAGAGAACGGUCACAUAGGAGAGACAGAUCCCGUGAUAGAGACAGGUCACAUAGAAGAGAAAGGUCUUAUGAACGAGAAAGGUCCCGUAAAAGAGACAGGUCCUAUGAUAGAGAACAAUCUCAUGAAAGCAGACAUAUUUAUAGCCCAAAUCGUUACUCAAGAAGUCCAUCACGCAUAAGUCACAAGGAUAUGGAUAGAUAUUACAGAGAUAAAUAUGAUGAUAGAAGAGAAUAUGAUCGAAAGAAAAAUGAAUCUGAAAGACAGCGUAGUCCUUCAAGAUACAGAAAAUAUAGAGAUUGCAAGAGCCAGUCCAGGAGUCAUGAUUCUCGAGAUGACAGACGGUCCCUUAGGUCUCCAAGUAGAAGUAGCCAGAGUUCUUCACGUCGAAGCUGUAGCAGAACACGAGAAAUGUCACAUCAUUCACGCCGUGAAUCUAGCAAGCCAAUGACAGACCGUGAGAAGAUACUUGAAGAAUACAGGAAGAAUUAUUGCCGAACUUCAGAAGACUUUAUUGAGAAAAUACAGAAAUGGUCAAGAGAACAUAACUCUGAUGAAGAUGAGGGUUCGAAACUGUGGUAUAGGUGUUCUCCUGCUGACUUAUAUUAUAAACCAGUAGAAAAUGGAAAUGGUCUAAAACAAACAAGUAAAUUGGCUUUAGUGUGUGAAACAUUUAUGGAGAAGUUGAUUGAACGAGGUCGUAAGGCGAGACCAGAAGUGGACGAGUUGCCACCAUUGAAAGCCCCUAAAGGAAAAAGGUGCAAACACAAAUCAAACGAUUCAAGUUCGUCAUCAGAAAGUGAAGAAGAAUGUUUCGACGAGGAAGGUCUUCAAGGUUACAGUGAUAGAAUUAUGUUGGAACUACAAAGGAAACAAAGUCAUCCGAGGAGGCUUCAUCCUGAGAUGUGGUUCAAUAACACAGGUGAAAUGAACGGCGGGCCGCUAUGUCGCUGCAGCGCUCGAGCCCGCCGUCAGGGCAUGAGACACGGAGUUUAUGCGGGAGAGGGAUUAUAUCCGAAGUGUAUACCUACACAGAAUAAUAUUGAUAAAUUAUAUCAUUACCGGAUAACUGUAUCCCCACCAACUAACUUCCUGAUAAAAGCGCCGACGAGUAUAGCCUACGACGAGCACGAAUUCCUCUUUUCGGGUUUCUCUAUGUUUUCACACUAUAAAUUGGCUAAACUGCCUACUUGUAAAGUGAUAAGAUUCAAUAUAGAAUACACAAUUCUAUAUGUAGAAGAGCCAGCUCCUCAUAACUUUACCAUACAAGAGUUGGACUUAUUUGAGGAGUUUCUUUUCUAUGAGCUAUUGGAGUUAAUAGACCUAGAUCUUGGUAAGGCGACAGAAACCUCCUGCUCACAGUUUCACUUCAUGCCUCGAUUUGUUCGAUAUCUACCUGAGGGUGGAUGUGAGGUUUUAUCAAUGUGUGAAGUUCUAAAGUAUUUAAUUAAAGAAAGUGAAUUGCUUAUAUCUCCAGAGAAUCUAGAAACGGUUCAUAAUAUGGACCACUACACAUGGCAGAAAUUUGUGGAUAGAAUUAAAGGCAUGAUAGUAACAUACCCAGGCAAGAAGCCGUGUUCAGUCCGAGUGGAUCAAAUAGAUCGCAGUCCGCCGUCUAGUGUAGCAGACUCAAAGGAUUCUGAGAAAAAUAAAAAAUAUUAUCCUGAAAUUGUGCACUUUGGAAUCCGGCCACCACAGCUUAGUUAUGCUGGCAAUCCUGAAUACCAGAAAGCUUGGCGUUAUUACGUAAAAUACAGACAUUUAAUAGCUAAUAUGGCUAAGCCAUCGUUUAAGGAGCGCCAGAAGUUAGCCGCCAAAGAAGCGACGCUCCAAGAGAUGCGAACUCAGAGUAAAAUGAAAAGAGACGUGACCGUCGCCAUAUCGUCUGAAGGUUUUCAUACCACGGGUCUCAUGUGUGAUAUUGUCCAGCAUGCUAUGCUUAUCCCAGUUCUAGUCCGACAUCUUCGCUUCCAUAAAUCUUUGGAUAGCCUCGAAGAGAAGAUGGAUUACGUAUUUAAGCAGCGAGCUUUACUACAAACUGCACUGACUCAUCCUUCGUAUAGGGAAAACUUUGGCACGAACCCUGAUCAUGCAAGAAAUAGUCUAACCAACUGUGGAAUUCGUCAGCCCGAAUAUGGUGACCGGAGAAUACAUUAUACAAGAAAGAAAGGUAUAGUGACACUUAUCAACAUAAUGUCACGGUUCGGCAAACACAGCGAGACUGAGUCCGAAAUAAAACACAAUGAACGGCUGGAGUUCCUCGGUGACGCCGUAGUGGAGUUCCUCUCCUCCAUACAUCUGUUCAGAAUGUUCCCCGGCCUGGCAGAAGGUGGCUUAGCCACGUACAGAGCAUCUAUCGUUCAAAAUCAACAUUUAGCUCUACUCGCUAAGAACAUAGGUCUAGAACAGUUCAUGCUGUUCGCGCACGGCUCCGACCUGUGCCGCGAGGUGGUGAUGCGGCACGCCAUGGCCAACUGCUUCGAGGCUCUCAUGGGCGCCUUGUUCCUCGAUGCUGGGCUGGAGGUCAGUGUGGUUGAUCGAGUGUUCGCUUUGGCUCUGUGGCACAACGAGCCCGAUAUGUUAGAAGUGUGGACGAAAGAACGAGCGCAUCCUUUGCAAGAGCAGGAGCCACUGGGAGACAGACAGUAUAUAAAGAGCUUUAACUUUCUAAAGAAACUUACGAAGUUUGAGGACUCUAUAGGUCUACAAUUCAAACACAUUCGUCUACUGGCUCGAGCAUUCACAGAUCGAUCGGUUGGGUUCACACAUCUGACGUUAGGGUCCAACCAGCGCUUGGAGUUCCUGGGGGACACGGUGUUGCAGCUUGUUGUGUCCGAUAGACUGUACCGACACUUCCCCGAUCAUCAUGAAGGACACCUCUCGCUCCUCCGGUCUUCCCUCGUGAACAACCGCACUCAAGCAAUGGUGUGCGAUGAUCUGAACAUGGCCGAAUAUGCAACGUACAAUAAUCCUAAAGCAAAGCCCACAGCUAAGAAACACAAAGCCGAUUUGCUUGAAGCUUUCCUUGGAGCGCUGUACAUCGAUAAAAAUUUGGAAUAUUGUCAAGCGUUUUGCAACGCGUGCUUGUUCCCGCGCCUGCAAGAGUUCAUCAUGAACCAAGACUGGAACGACCCUAAGUCGAAGUUGCAACAGUGUUGUCUCACUUUAAGGUCGAUGGAAGGUGGUGAACCGGACAUACCGGUGUAUAAGGUGAUCGAAUGCCUGGGUCCUACAAACACGCGCGUGUAUACGGUAGGCGUGUACUUCCGCGGGCAGCGGCUCGCUGCGGCGCGCGGUCACUCCAUCCAAGAGGCCGAGAUGAACGCCGCCGAGCACGCGCUCACCACUGCGCACGUAUCCCCACUCGCACACACUGAUAUAGGAGGCCGAGAUGAACGCCGCCGAGCACGCGCUCACCACUGCGCACGGUCAGUAUCCCCACUCGCACACACUGAUAUAGGAGGCCGAGAUGAACGCCGCCGAGCACGCGCUCACCACUGCGCACGGUCAGUAUCCCCACUCGCACACACUGAUAUAGGAGGCCGAGAUGAACGCCGCCGAGCACGCGCUCACCACUGCGCACGGUCAGUAUCCCCACUCGCACACACUGAUAUAGGAGGCCGAGAUGAACGCCGCCGAGCACGCGCUCACCACUGCGCACGGUCAGUAUCCCCACUCGCACACACUGAUAUAGGAGGCCGAGAUGAACGCCGCCGAGCACGCGCUCACCACUGCGCACGGUCAGUAUCCCCACUCGCACACACUGAUAUAGGAGGCCGAGAUGAACGCCGCCGAGCACGCGCUCACCACUGCGCACGGUCAGUAUCCCCACUCGCACACACUGAUAUAGGAGGCCGAGAUGAACGCCGCCGAGCACGCGCUCACCACUGCGCACGGUCAGUAUCCCCACUCGCACACACUGAUAUAGGAGGCCGAGAUGAACGCCGCCGAGCACGCGCUCACCACUGCGCACGGUCAGUAUCCCCACUCGCACACACUGAUAUAGGAGGCCGAGAUGAACGCCGCCGAGCACGCGCUCAUCACUGCGCACGGUCAGUAUCCCCACUCGCACACACUGAUAUAGGAGGCCGAGAUGAACGCCGCCGAGCACGCGCUCACCACUGCGCACGGUCAGUAUCCCCACUCGCACACACUGAUAUAGGAGGCCGAGAUGAACGCCGCCGAGCACGCGCUCACCACUGCGCACGGUCAGUAUCCCCACUCGCACACACUGAUAUAGGAGGCCGAGAUGAACGCCGCCGAGCACGCGCUCACCACUGCGCACGGUCAGUAUCCCCACUCGCACACACUGAUAUAGGAGGCCGAGAUGAACGCCGCCGAGCACGCGCUCACCACUGCGCACGGUCAGUAUCCCCACUCGCACACACUGAUAUAGGAGGCCGAGAUGAACGCCGCCGAGCACGCGCUCACCACUGCGCACGGUCAGUAUCCCCACUCGCACACACUGAUAUAGGAGGCCGAGAUGAACGCCGCCGAGCACGCGCUCACCACUGCGCACGGUCAGUAUCCCCACUCGCACACACUGAUAUAGGAGGCCGAGAUGAACGCCGCCGAGCACGCGCUCACCACUGCGCACGGUCAGUAUCCCCACUCGCACACACUGAUAUAGGAGGCCGAGAUGAACGCCGCCGAGCACGCGCUCACCACUGCGCACGGUCAGUAUCCCCACUCGCACACACUGAUAUAGGAGGCCGAGAUGAACGCCGCCGAGCACGCGCUCACCACUGCGCACGGUCAGUAUCCCCACUCGCACACACUGAUAUAGGAGGCCGAGAUGAACGCCGCCGAGCACGCGCUCACCACUGCGCACGGUCAGUAUCCCCACUCGCACACACUGAUAUAGGAGGCCGAGAUGAACGCCGCCGAGCACGCGCUCACCACUGCGCACGGUCAGUAUCCCCACUCGCACACACUGAUAUGUCUGUAUCGCCACUUGCACACACUGAUAUGUCUGUAUCGCCACUUGCACACACUGAUAUGUCUGUAUCGCCACUUGCACACACUGAUAUGUCAGUAUCCCCACUCGCACACACUUAUAUAGGAGGCCGAGAUGAACGCCGCCGAGCACGCGCUCACCACUGCGCACGGUCAGUAUCCCCACUCGCACACACUGAUAUGUCUGUAUCGCCACUUGCACACACUGAUAUGUCUGUAUCGCCACUUGCACACACUGAUAUGUCUGUAUCGCCACUUGCACACACUGAUAUGUCAGUAUCCCCACUCGCACACACUUAUAUAGGAGGCCGAGAUGAACGCCGCCGAGCACGCGCUCACCACUGCGCACGGUCAGUAUCCCCACUCGCACACACUGAUAUAGGAGGCCGAGAUGAACGCCGCCGAGCACGCGCUCACCACUGCGCACGGUCAGUAUCCCCACUCGCACACACUGAUAUGUCUGUAUCGCCACUUGCACACACUGAUAUGUCUGUAUCGCCACUUGCACACAUUGAUAUGUCAGUAUCCCCACUCGCACACACUGAUAUGUCUGUAUCGCCACUUGCACACACUGAUAUGUCUGUAUCGCCACUUGCACACAUUGAUAUGUCAGUAUCCCCACUCGCACACACUGAUAUGUCUGUAUCGCCACUUGCACACACUGAUAUGUCUGUAUCGCCACUUGCACACACUGAUAUGUCAGUAUCCCCACUUGCACACACUGAUAUGUCAGUAUCCCCACUCGCACACACUGAUAUAGGAGGCCGAGAUGAACGCCGCCGAGCACGCGCUCACCACUGCGCACGGUCAGUAUCCCCACUCGCACACACUGAUAUAGGAGGCCGAGAUGAACGCCGCCGAGCACGCGUUCACCACUGCGCACGAGUUUUUAUUUCUGUCGCAGAAUUGUUUCCACAACUCGACCACCAGAAGCGAGUCAUAGCCAAGAGCAUGAAAAAGAAGAAGAACAAAAAGAGUGGACGUGGAAGUCCUGGCCGAGAUAGAGAAGGAGCGUUAAGACGCAAACGUUUAGAGGAAAACGUUCCCAAAGCGUAUAAAAUGAAUGACAGAGCCCGUUCCGAUUCGGAAUCGGACGAGAGUGUAGUUCGAGUGCCUUCUGAAGACGAAAACGUCCCGAGUCCUAAAGGAAGGUCCGCUGAAGAUUCCGGACUAGACAGUGACGACGAAUCGGUAGAUAAAUUUGAUAAUGUACAGGUUAGCUCUCUUCUUAGUGAUAUGGAGAAACUGCGAGAGGAGAUGAUAAAGAAAAAUGAGUAUGAGAAAUUGAAAGAAAAGUGCAGGAGAUUGGCAGACGAAGACGACGAGUAG